UGAAGUUAGAGAAGUCACUUUUGACAAGGCACAGAGCAACUAACGCAUACUGAAACUGACCUGAACUAGCAAUGUACUCCAGAACAAACAGCCUGGUCUUCUCACUGCCAGCGAACACUUUCUUCCAGCCGCAGUCGCAGUUUGAAUUCAGACCGAUGAUGCCGCCGCGCAACACCGAGCCGGAGAUCUUCACUUUCGAGCGGAUCCCGGAGCCGCAGCAGCCGGCGUUCCCUCCCCGCGGAGCCCCGGUGCGCCCGCGCAAGAGGAACACGCGCGUCAUGUACCCCUCAAAAGUGCGCAAAUAUCUGCCACCGGCCGAGAAAAGCCCCGCCAAACGCUGGCUGAUCAUCCUGUGCCUGGUGGUCUUCAUGCAGAUCUACACUGAGGAGGGAUCCGUUGAGACCACGCAGAGUGAAGGACCGACUUCAUACAAUGUUCUCUCCUUCCAGUCUGCUGACGAGCAAACCAGACAAAUGAUGGGCAACUGUCCCAAGGACUCGAGCCUGGUGUCUCAUCAGCAGCUCAAGUCCAGCAGCGAGGAGCAGAAGGACAUCUCUUGGCUUCUGAACACUACAUGCCCGAGCUCAAACUGGGAGGAGGACAUCAACACUCUCUACCAGCAGAGCAGGAGGAAUGGAUACGUGGUGGCCCUUCUCUACCCAGUGUACCAUAGACUUGGUGCAGAAAACUGAACUCAGAAUCAAGUCUGUGGACAAAUCAAGUUCACUGAACCUUCUUGAAAAAGAAAAAAACAGCCUCCCGUGGCACCCAAGUCAUGCCUGAAGAACCCGGCUAGACUCCACAGAGCGGGACGAAGUGAUGAAAAACACAAGCUGAGGAGACACCUGAUGGACUUGAAUGACGAAGAAACUUUAGAAUGGAAUGAAACUUGAACGGCUCAUUUAGAUGUUUCACUUGAAGUGUACAGAUUUACCAUGUAGCCUCACAAGUAGACCUGUUUGUUGUAUGUCUAAACUCAUGAGGGUGUCGCAGUGACCAUUUGUGUUGCUGAACGCUGCCACUCGCACAAAUACUUGAAUCUCACAUUGAAGAUUUUGAUGAGUGUUAAAUGAAGAAAUAUUUGUUGUAGCUAUUUAUUUAAUGUUAUUUAUUUAUUGUUAUUUGCUUAUUUAUUGCCUACUGUCUUGUGAAAUUAAACUGACAUUUGCAUCUUCAA